AUGUCUGUCUUGGAACUUUUGGACGUUUGGCAAUGGACCUGGUUGGUUCUCUGGCUUCAUCGCUACUUCCGCUUCAUUGUCAACACCUGGAGUCACUGGACCUAUCAAACGGUUCCAAUCCCCGUAAAGCCAUCCUACACCUCAAAAGAUAUCACUGUCAUCAUCCCGACCAUCCACAACAAUUUUGAGGAAUUGAGGGAAUCGCUUCAGAGCAUCCUUGCCUGCCAACCGUACGAGCUUCUAUUGGUCACGACCUCGGACAAAUACCAGAGACUUCGGGCAUUCGUCAAGACUUUGGAGGUUUCGAAUAUUCGAGUGUCUCACGUGCCCAUUGCCAACAAGCGGAUUCAAGUAUGCGAGGCCAUUCCAAUGGUGAAGACCGCCUUUAUUCUCAUGGCGGAUGACGAUGUCACGUGGCCUCGUACAAUCCUCCCAUGGCUGCUGGCUCCCUUUGAGGAUUCCAAGAUUGGUGGUGUGGGGCCAUGUCAGCGGGUCAAGCGGAUUCGGUCUGGCCACCCUCUUAUGGAACGUGUUUACAACUGGCUGGGCGCUGCUUAUAUUGAAAGACGCAACUUUGAGAUAUCAGCCACUCAUGGUCUGGAUGGUGGCACCUCGUGCAUGUCUGGGCGCACCUGUGUCUUCCGUUCUGAGAUACUCCAGAGCCCGCUCUUCCUAGAUGGCUUCAAGACUGAACGUUGGGGCAAAUUUCAGCUGAAUGCUGACGAUGACAACUUUGUCACUCGGUGGCUUGUGUCCAACCAGUGGAAGACUUGGAUUCAGUACAACAAGGAGUGUGAGAUUGAGACUACCCUCGAGAAUGAUGUCAAAUUUCUCUACCAGUGCUCCCGCUGGGCCCGUAGCAAUUGGAGAAGCAACUAUACUAGCCUUAUCACGGAGAGACACGUCUGGACACAACAGCCUUGGUCAACUUAUGCCUUGCACAUUGCUACCUUUACCUCUCUGUCCUUCGCCUUCGAUCCUCUCAUCAUCUUCCUGACUUUUAAAGCCACAGCACAUUGGUCUUCUGAGCUCCAGUUAUAUGCUGUCUUUGCUCAGCUUGUAUGGAUGUUUAUUACUAAAUGGGUCAAACUGAUCGGCUUGUUCAUGCGAGAGCCAUCGGAUAUGAUCUUCUUGCCUGUAUCUGUUGUAUUCGGAUACUUGCAUGGCAUCAUUAAGUUAUAUGCGCUGGUUACGCUCAGACAUACCUCCUGGGGUAGCCGAGCCGACGGUGAUGCCAACGAUAGCCACCGUAUGAGUCCCCGAGCUCGGCGUAGUGAGAGUAUCACUAUGCCACCGGGCAACCACCCAGGUCUUAUCCGAUAUAAUGACGAUAAAGCCUACCCCUCACCUGAAAAGCGCGAUCCCUCCGAAAAGGCAGUGGACGACAACGAUAGCGCAUCCGAGAGCGACUUAGACGCUGCUACUGAUAAUUCUUACGAUGCCAACGAUAUAAAUGAUGAUUCCAAUAAUCAGUGA